AUGGCAGGACCCCGGAACAGCAGUAGGGCAGUCGUUACGCACAGAGAGCCGCUGCCCGAUGAUGGGAGAGACAAUAUCACCAUUUUCACCCGGAUCCUUGACAGGCUGCUGGACGGAUAUGACAACAGGCUACGUCCCGGGCUCGGAGAAAGUGUGACAGAAGUGAGGACAAACAUCUACGUGACGAGUUUCGGGCCGGUGUCAGACACAGACAUGGAGUACACCAUCGACGUCUUCUUCCGCCAGAGCUGGAGGGACGAGAGGCUGAAGUUCGACGGGCCCAUGCAGGUGCUGCCGCUCAACAACCUCCUGGCCAGUAAGAUCUGGACCCCCGACACCUUUUUCCACAACGGGAAGAAAUCUGUGGCGCACAACAUGACGACGCCGAACAAACUGCUACGACUAGUCGACAACGGCACGCUUCUCUACACCAUGAGGUUGACCAUUCAUGCCGAGUGCCCCAUGCACCUGGAGGAUUUCCCCAUGGAUGCGCACGCCUGUCCUCUGAAGUUCGGAAGUUAUGCUUACACCAAUAAUGAGGUGAUCUACCUGUGGACUCAGGGAGACGAGCUGUCGGUGGCGGUGGCGGAGGACGGCUCCAGGCUCAACCAGUACGACCUUUUGGGACACGUCAUUGGCAAAGAAACCAUCAGCUCCAGCACAGGAGAAUAUGUAGUGAUGACAACGUAUUUCCAUUUGAAAAGGAAAAUUGGCUAUUUUGUGAUUCAGACCUACCUCCCGUGCAUCAUGACUGUCAUACUGUCUCAGGUCUCCUUCUGGCUAAACAGAGAAUCGGUUCCAGCGCGCACUGUAUUUGGGGUCACCACUGUGCUCACCAUGACCACCCUGAGCAUCAGUGCUAGAAACUCCCUCCCUAAGGUGGCCUAUGCCACUGCCAUGGACUGGUUCAUGGCCGUGUGCUAUGCCUUUGUCUUCUCUGCCUUGAUUGAGUUUGCCACAGUCAACUACUUCACCAAGCGCAGCUGGGCGUGGGAUGGGAAAAAAGAGGGCAUGGAAAUAAGGGAACCGUUUCAGGCUAACAUGGCCAGGAUUAAAGAUAUGAGAAGAGAGUCGGCAGCCUUGUCGAAAAAGGCAAACAACACCUUCAACAUUGUCGGGACCACCUAUGCCAUCAACGUGGCUAAGGACCAGGGCUUGACCACCAUUUCCAAGAGCGCGCCCACGGUGUCGUCCAAACACGCCUACCUGCAUAAAAUGGAUGACCCCUACACAGAGGCCAAGAAAUCCUACAACCGCGUCAGCAAAGUGGACAAGAUCUCGCGCAUCAUUUUCCCAGUUCUGUUCUUCAUCUUCAACUUAGGCUACUGGGCCACGUACGUCAACAGGAAGCCCGCCAUCAUGAAGGCCAACAACCUAAACUGAAUCUGUCCGAGGCUCGGGGUGGUUUUUUUUCGGUUAAGACAGGAUCGCAGGAGGCCAAGUCCAUCACAUCUUAUCGUGUGUGUGUGUGUGUGUGUGUGUGUGUGUGUGUGUAUGUGUGUGCGCGCAUGUUUCGUGCGUCUGUUUUUUCUUAAGCGUUUGAUAUUUUGCACGUCUGUAUCGGUGGAAGGCAAAUCCGAACAUGCAGUAGUUUCACAUAAUAGUCGUGGACUUUUGGAGGGAGCACAUUCUCACGUCACGUCUGUGUUUGUGUAGCAUUUAUGAUUUUCUCUCC